AAAGUUUGCAAAAUUUUCGGAAUACUGGCCGGUGUGCAGUUCGAUUCUUGAUUACGCGCUUACGGCGCGCCAGGCACGCACGUUGGAGCGUGCAGGUGACUGCUGGUGACAACGCGCUGUUACUGCCGCGAGAAGUAAGAGCGUUCCCAAGAAAAUUAUGCCACGACCACCGUCCACUGAUCGUCACGAACGAUCGUAUUUAUUUUCGAGGAUCGCUCCGACCUGUUGAAUGAAAUAAACUCGGUGAAACGCAUCGAGAUGAGGUUAUGAUCGAGGAAUGUAAAUAAUAGAAGAAAAAUUAAAAAGAAGAAACUCUUGGAGGGAGAGACUCUUGUCCGAAUAGAUGUCUGAAAGUUGGAUCUGCGCGCCGCACGUCCGCGAAACUUAGGGGUUCUACGUUUACAGAUGUAAAGAGAGAUCUAUCUGCCGCGAGGUAUGCCUCAGCCGCAGCAUGUGAAAGCUUGCGCGAGGCUCGUGAAACAGGUGUGCCCGCUGGCGACGUUGAUAUGCACCGUGUUCGUCGUCGCGAUCACGAUUUACAUCAGCCAGAAGGUCUCGCCGGUCUUCGUCUUCCUCUGCGCGCAGGUCUACCUGAACUGGUACUCGGUGUACAGCAUCAGCCGUAAGUCGAGUCCGAUGAGGGUGAGGGAGAUACAGAGCAAUCUGUGCAGCGUGGUCACCCAGCAGCAGCAGCAGCGCAAGCACGAGCAGCACGAUGGCGCGCAGCCACCGGCGCACAACACGGCCUACAAAUUCUGGCACUGCGAGAGGUGCCAGAGUUACAUGUGCAAGCCGACGCAGCACUGCGUCUUCUGCCGCAAGUGCUUCCACUUCCGGGACCACCACUGCUUCUUCCUGGGUGCCUGCGUGCUCCGCCAGAACAUGGGCAACUUUAUACUGUUCUGCUUCUACACCUCGCUCACGUGCCUGUACACCCUGUGCGUGCUGGGCCCAUACAUGUACGAGAACAUCAAUCACAUAGUGAAGAGCGACGCGGAUUACUUCAAUAUAUUCCUCAACUUUUGCUUCCCCGUCGCGCUGGCGAGGCUGCUGCACUCGCGGGACAGCUCGAGUAUACUCCUGGUCACCAUGUUCGACACGCUCAUGUCGAUCCUGUGCAUCUGCCUGGUGCUCGGCAUCUGGAAGUUGCACAGCUGCCUGACCGGCAAGCAGCGCUACGUCAAUGUGACGGGGCGGCAGAGUCUGAGGGAGAUCUUCGGCAGCUACGGCCUCUCGAAUAUCAUUUUCCCGUACAACGGGCUCAUAGGCACGCGAGACAUCAACGGCAAGUACGAGCUGAAGGAGGUCUGAGGCCGGUCGGGCGAAUUACGCUCUCGGGAUUAAAUCGAACACGCGUACUUCUUUAUUAUGUACUUACGUAGCAAUAAAUACAGUCAUAUGUACAACAU